AUGAAAAGUCUUGCCAUCAUCAGUAGCCUGGCACCUCUCGCCUCGGCACUCUGUUACCGCGAUCCGAGUCUCCAUGCCCGUAGCGAAUUCACUCCGCCUUCUUUCGGAUAUACAGGUCUCCAAGGCCCGCUGAACUGGCAUGGUCUAUCGGCAGACAACAUUGCCUGCGCCGAAGGCACGCACCAAUCCCCCAUCUCGAUAGACACGUCUGCGGGAAACAUACCCGUAGUCAAGGGAGAGCGCCUAUCUCUGGAGCUGGACAGUUACUUCUUCGGAACAGAGGUCGAAAACCUAGGCACCACCGUCGAAGUCCCCGCGAAUGGCACUCUCAACCGCGAUGGCAAGGCAUAUAAUCUCGUGCAAUUCCACUUCCACACUUCCUCGGAGCAUAGAAUCGACGACGAGACGUACGCGAUGGAGGCGCAUUUUGUUUUCAGGGCAGAAGACCAAUCCCUCUCCGUAGUCGGUAUCCUCAUCGACGUCUCCUCUCACGGUCCAACCAGUCGUUUCUUCACCAACGCCCUCUCGAAUGUCCACGAUAUUCCCCACGCCGGCGACAUCGGCGAGACCGGUCCCCUCUUCUCCGGCGAGAUCGAAGACCUCGUCAGCGGAUCCGACGUCUUCCAGUACAACGGUUCACUGACGACGCCGCCCUGCAGUGAAGGCGUGGCUUGGAAUGUGGUCCGGGACCCGGUUUACGUCUCCGCGAAGACAUAUAGGGCUGCUAAGUCUGUCUUGAGGUUUAACUCGCGGUACACGCAAAAUGCACCGGGCGAGAUUAACUUGCUGCAGAAUGCGGUAGAAACUAUUGGAGCUGCCAAUGAUGAAUAG